ACCUCUACAGGGAGCCAUCCUGGCUCAGAGACCUCAGCCAUGGCCCAGGUCCUGAUGAUCCUAGCUCUCGGCACCGUCCUGACCAAUGUGACCCAGGAUACAAAGUUGCCUUGGCCUUGGCACCCAGAUCUGUGCCAAGUCUUUGGAUGCCAGGAGCUGGUGAAGCAGGAAGCCUGCGGGAACAAGGUCUAUAACAGCCAGACCCAUGUGUGCUGCAUGAACACCACAUACUGGAAGGUGAUGGAAAAACCCAGCCCGACCUACGACUGCUGCGGCUUCGAAAUCUACGAUCAGGAAACGCAGGAGUGUUGCGAAGACCUCAGCAUAAAGCCCAAGUGGCACAGGAAACAAAAGGGCAGGAAAGCCUGUUCCCACAGCCCCACUGCGGAGACAUGCGGCUCUCCCUCAGCGAGGCAGCCGGCACCGGGUGGAAAGGGAAGAAAUGGAUGAUGCAGAAGACCAGGGCCCCCCGGGCAUGAGGCCCUGGCAGGGGGGAGGGGAGGGGUGGGGUGAGCAGGGGGCUGGUGUUUUUAUCCUGGGUGCGCUGUGGGAUGGAGGGAGGGGUGGGCGCAGCUUGGGGACACUGGGUGGAGUGCAGGAGAGAAGAGUCCUCGGGUGGGGGGCCUGGAAGAUGCAGGGACUCUGGAGGUGGGCACUGGAGAUGGCAUGGGACCCACGGGGACCUAGUGCGUGGGCACAAGCCCUGCCCUCAGCCCUCCAGGGGCCCAAGCCAAAGCCCUCCCCCCGCCACCCCCUGCCCCCGCCCUGAACCCGCUCCCACACCCCAAUCCCC